AUGGGCACCCACUGGUCCAGCCUGGAUGAUAUCCUGGAGGAGGACAUGCACCAUUGGUACACCAAAUUCAUGAAGGAGUCUCCUUCAGGGCUCAUAACGCUCUUUGAGCUCAAAACUAUCCUUGAAAUGAACGGUAUGACAGAGGAGGCCAGCAGCUAUGUGGACCAGAUCUUCCUCACCUUUGACAUGGAUGGGGAUGGUUAUAUAGACUUUGUCGAAUACAUUGCUGCAAUAAGUUUAUUACUGAAAGGAGAAAUUAAUCAGAAACUAAAGUGGUACUUCAAGCUCUUUGAUCAAGAUGGAAAUGGCAAAAUUGACAAAGAGGAACUGGAGACUAUAUUUAAGGCUAUUCAGGAUAUCACCAGAAGUUACGACAUCCCUCCAGAUGAGAUUGUGACUCUUAUAUAUGAGAGGAUUGAUGUCAACGGAGAAGGUGAGCUGACGUUGGAGGAGUUCAUCAGUGGAGCCAGGGAGCAUCCCGACAUCAUGGAUAUGCUCACUAAGAUGAUGGAUCUUACCAAAGUCCUGGAAAUCAUUGUCAGAGGUCAACAGAAGAAAGCUGUAAACUGA